AUGGCCUCAAAGAUCGAAGUUCUUGAUUCUGAUCUCUUGGACCUCCCUCCAAGUUGCAUAGAGUUCUGGCCAAAUAACCCUUCAUGGUUCGUCAUUGGUACCUAUGAGUUAGAUAAGGAAGAUGAAGACUCAUGGGUAAAUGUUGAGAAGGCUUCGAGUGAAGUCGUUGUGAAUACAGACCCUUUUCCCAAUAAAGAAGGAAUAAUCUCUUCAGCUCCUUUGAGUUUAGUCGAUUAUUCUCACGAACCACUUGUUUUUGUCGAAGAUAGCGAUGUUGUUUCGGAAGAAUCGAAAGACCAGUCAGAACCUCCAUCGACUCUCCAAAAAAGAAAUGGAAGUGUAAUGCUAUAUCAUCUUGAGGAUGGUUCCUUAACCCUUUGCCAAUCACGUCCAUAUCCAUAUGGCGCGAUUUAUGAUCUUCACUUCUGUCCCACAGACCAAGAUUAUUUUGCAGUUUCCUCCAGCACGGGCAGAAUAUCCCUCUUCAAAAUAACGACUAAUGAGGAUACUUCUCCCAAUAUCGAACACGUCAAUACAUGGAAAGUAUUUGAUGAUUCCGUUCUGAUCACCUAUUUUGCAUGGUGUCCUUCAACGUCCACAGAUGGCUACCUAUCUUUAGCUGUAACGGCUUCAACCGGAGUCGUUCAGAUACUUAACAUUACUGGCGCUAUAUAUGGCAAGAUACACGGUUCGGACUUACACAUGAGGAAGGAAGAACCGCCAGUAUCAUUGCAUUCCUUGAAAAUCCCAUAUUCUGGCGAGGAGCCUCAAUAUGCAUAUUGUUGCUAUUGGACUUGUCAUCCUUACACAUCUUCAGAAAACUUCCACGGGAUCUUUUCAGGAGGCGAUGAUUCGAAACUCCGAACUUGCAUUCUAGGAAAUCCCCGUAAUAGGGACAACCAUGUUGAUUUGAAUUUGCAAACGUCAUACUCGGGGCAUGAUGCUGCGGUUAUCUCUAUUUUACCAUUACCAUGUGGGGGUAAAAGAUGGAUUCUCUUAACUGGUAGUUAUGACAAUAAAGUCAGAGUCAUUGUCAUGGAAUGGUCCCACGGCCCAGUAACGUAUGAUCAGCUUGCAGAAGAAACACCAAUCGAUGUUGCAGCAGAUUUGGAUGUUGGAGGUGGAGCAUACCGACUUGAAUUCCUCCACGAAUAUCCCAGACCAACCGAAGACGAAUCCAGAACUGAGUCCGGCGAUGACAUUUCCUUCCAAGUACUAGCGUCAUGCAUGGAAGUUGGCGCAAAGAUCCUAAAAGUAGAACGAAAGGAUAGCAUCUGGAGCGUUAGAGUCCUCGCAUCCAUUAACAUUGAAAUUCCCAAAUGGCCAAACCCAACCAACAAAUCUCAAUUAUGUUAUGCCAGCGCAGUUCAGCCUGGUAGAAGAGAUGGAGGUCUGGUAUUCCUAAGCUCCUAUUUCAAUAAGAGACGACUGAGUGGCACCCCGAAAAAAGUACGACCUACUAUCACGAAUGAAGAUAUGAUUUUUGUUAGCACGUGUUUUAACAAGCGACAGUUGGGUGUUUAUAAAUUUGUGGAGGGGGGUAAUGAUGAGAUUGACGAGAUUGCAGCUGGAGUUGAGGCUCUUUGA